AUAUAUUUGUAUAUAUUGUGCGCGAUGCAGUCAGCAAUUGAGGUCCCAUGAUUCUAUCAGACGAUAAUGAAUGAGUUUCUUCUCAUUCCGAUGUCCGACGGAAGAGAAGCGGUUGCGCUCCUCUCCCAAUUCCUCGGCCCAGGACAAUGAGGUGUAUAUGUAAGUGAGAAUCCGCCAUGAAUCAUGGUAAGCAUCAAGACCAAUCUUUCCUCCCCUAUUCCUUUCCUCUCCACCACAGCCAAAAUGCGCUCCCUAUCUCUCCUCCCCCUCCUCGCCCUCUCCGCAUCAGCACAGCUAUGCGCCGAUAACCCCUCCAUCUGCCCCGCCUCCACCGUCUGCCAAGACCGCGGCGACGGCUCCCCCUCCUGCGUCGGCGGCUUCUCCGCUCCCUGUGCCGCCGGCAAUGGCGGAGCCGCGAACUGGGGUCAAUGCGGCGGACAGGGUUUCGCAGGCCCGACUUGCUGCGCUGGCGCGCCGGACUGGCUUUGUUUCUAUGCGAAUCAGUUCCAUUCGCAGUGUUUGAGGGUUAUUUACCCUGCACCUGCUGAGACGACAGCGGCGCCGACGACGAUGGCUACUUCAACCACUACAGCAGCACCGGCGACGUCGACGGUGGCGAGGGUGUGUACGGCGCAUUGGGGACAGUGUGAGUGA